AAAACAUGAAUAUAAAAGCUUUGAACUUGUUCUGUUUAAGUGCUUUAUUGCUGCUCACCUUCAAUGGAGCUUUCGUUGCAUCUGAAGAUGCUGCAACUACACUUACUACACUGGCAGAUGUCGUCGAGGUGCAAAACUUUAACACAACAGCAACAAUAACUACAACAAGCACUACCAACAGUUCUCCAAUAACAACAUCUACAACAACAACAACCACAGCAACAUCAACAACAGCAACACAAACAACAGAGGCAGCAACAACAGAAACGUCAACAAAAGUUGCAACAACCACUCCAACAACUGUAACAAUGGCAUCUAUCUCACCACCUACCAUUUCAACAACUAUAACAAGUUCAACGACAACUGCACCCACAUCGGAUGCAAUUUCGCUGAGUUCUGAAAUAAGUCCUGCAUCCACCGAAAGAAGUACUAAAUACUUAACAGCGGACGAUGUACCAGUCUGCCAACAAAGUAACGCUAACCUGAAUGAAUGUGUAAUGGAAUUGUUUCACAUAAUGAUACCGCGUCUCAAAGACGGCAAUAAGGAAUUAAACAUACCGCCAAUCGAUCCGUUUGCUUUGAAUCGUACAACAUUUCAAUAUACCUCGGGUGCAGUUAGUGGACGAAUAACCAUGCGUAAUGCGAAAGUUUUCGGUUUCUCCACAAUUCGACAGAAGAGUUUUGAUUUGAAAAUACGCGAUGGUAAGACUAAAGUGCAUUUGGUAUCUCAUGUACCUAGAAUCAGCAUAAUCGGAAAUUAUAAAGCUGAUCUUGCUUUUAAUAAUGUACGCAUCAGACCACGGGGUAGUUUCAAUGUGACGCUCUCUAAUGUCACUAUCAAUCAAAAUGCUGAGGGUGUCUUCUAUGAGAAAGACAAUCAUCGUUUUGUGCGACUUACAAAAUUUGAGGCUGAUCCCAAAAUUAACGAUAUGAAAUUUCAAGCUUCUGGGAUUUUCCCAGAACCAACAUUAAAUGAAUUGGUUGUAAACGUAAUUAAUCAGUAUUGGCGUCAGAUUAUGCGUAUUAUGCUGCCGGAGACACGAAAUUACUGGGCACCAAUGUUGCUUCAAGUCCUAAACGAAGCACUGACCGUGGUACCUUUCGAUGCAUACAUAAAAGAUAAUUAAGGUUUAAAGCAAUUCAUUAAGUUAAGAUUAUUAUUCCUAAAUUUAUAUAUAAAACUUUACGAAUUUGAUCAUUUUUGACACCAGAAUGCGGUGUAUUUGGUUCACAAUAUAAUAAUUUUUUUAUUUUUAUAAUAGUAUAUGUAUUUAUUGCAGUUCUCAUCUAGAACUAAAAUAUUUGGCGUAGAAUCUUUAUGAUUUUCAAAUACUCGCAUUACGAAUACUUCUUCUAAUGUAGUAUAUAUUGUAUAUAAUAGCUCAUUUAUCUAAGAGUUUUUUAAUUGUGCUUUUGUUU